AUGUACCCUAGCAAGCACCAGGAUUUCUGUAUUCCCAAGUCAGUGAACUUCUUUUCCUAUGAAGAACCCUUGGGCAUCAUUUUAUCCUCUUCUGUUAUUCUGUUUUGCUUGUUCACAACUCUGGUGCUAGGAAUCUUUUGGAAUCAACAUGAGACUCCCAUAGUCAAAGCCAAUAACCGGCACCUCACCUAUGCUCUCCUAAUCUCCCUCCUGCUCUGCUUCCUAUGUGCCCUGCUCUUCAUCGGCCAGCCACACCAGGUGACAUGCCUCCUGCGACAAACUGCUUUUGGCAUCAUCUUUGCAGUGGCAGUUUCUUGCGUGCUCACAAAGACAUUCACGGUGGUUUUGGCCUUCAGAGCCACCAAACCAGGGAGCAAGGUGAGGAAGUGGAUGGGGAAGAGACUGGUGAACAUCCUCCUUCUUUCCUGUUGCCUUCUUCAGGGUGGGAUCUGCACUGUCUGGUUGGCAACUUCUACUCCUUUUCCAGAUAUUGACAUGCAUACAGCUACUGAAGAAAUCAUCCUGGAAUGUAACGAAGGAUCCAUAAAGAUGUUUUACUGUGUCCUGGGCUAUCUGGGCUUCCUGGCAAUGGUCAGCUUCAUGGUGGCCUUUCUUGCCCGGAAGCUCCCAGGCAGCUUCAUUGAGGCCAGGUUCAUUGCUUUCAGCAUGUUGGUCUUUUGCAGUGUGUGGUUAUCCUUUGUGCCUUCCUACCUGAGCACCAAAGGGAAAUGCUUGGUGACUGUAGAGAUCUUUUCUAUCUUAGCCUCCAGUUCUGGCUUGCUGGUUUGCAUCUUCUUCCCCAAAUGUCACAUCAUUUUGCUGAGACCCAAGUUGAACACAAAUAAGGAGAAGAGCUUGAAAAGAAGCAAGGCUGAUGCUGAAAGAUGCAAGAACCAUGAGCCACAGCCUCCACUUCAUGAGUAUCCACAUUUGGAUGAUCUCAUGAUUGGUGCCAUUGCUUCUCUGUCCUUCAUCGUUCCUGAUCCUUUAAGCUUCACUGGACAACCCGCACUUGCAUUGCUGGAUGAACUUCUGUAA